AUGGCAGAUAUCACCCCUUUUACAAUCGCCGUGCAGGAAGAGCAACUUGAUCAACUGAACCAGAAGCUGCAGCUUGCCACUUUCCCCGAUGAAAUCGACGCAGUGGGGUGGGACAUGGGGGUCCCGCUGGCGGACAUGAAACGUUUGGUUACGGCCUGGAGAGAAACGUUCGAUUGGCGUGCCCAAGAAAAGACAUUGAACGACCAACUGAACCAGUACACGGUGCCUGUUACCGUGGAUGGAUUCGGAGAGUUGGAUAUUCAUGUUGUGCAUCAUCGCUCAGGAAAAAAUAAUGCCAUCCCCUUGCUAUUCAUUCAUGGGUGGCCGGGGAAUUUCCUGGAAGCGACCAAGAUUAUUCCCCUUCUAACUAGAGGGGAUGAUGGACCAGCCUUCAAUGUAGUGGCCCCGUCAUUGCCCAACUUUGGGUUUUCACGAGGUGUCCAGAAGAAAGGAUUUGGUCUUGCACAGUAUGCGGAGACUCUACACAAGGUUAUGCUGGCGCUGGAAUACGAAGAAUAUGUGAUCCAAGGAGGAGACUGGGGCAGCAUGAUUUCACGCACGAUGGCAAGAUACUACUCCAGACACAUUCAAGCGAUCCAUGUCAACUUCGCCCCCGUCCCACCACCCUACCCAUGGCGCGCUCCUCUGCGUUUCCUCCAAUCUUUGAUGAGUGUCCCUUUCUCCGCAAAGGACCGCGGAUACAUCGCUCGGACCUUUGAGUACCUCAUGAAGGGCAAUGCGUACAUGAAGGUACAAGAGACUCGACCCCAAACGCUGGGAUAUAGCUUGCAUGAUAGUCCCGUCGGACUUCUUGCUUGGGUUUACGAUAAGCUCCAUUCCUGGUCAAGUGACUAUCAAUGGACAGAUGAGGAGAUCUUGACUUGGGUGAGCAUUUAUUACUUCUCACGGGCCGGACCCACUGCCUCUACUAGAAUCUACUAUGAAGCGUCGGCGCCCGUCCCUGAAAGUGCCAAGUCCAAGGACGGGGAUGCUACGAAAUGGACGAGCCUGGAACAGUCGAUUGGGGGCACGGCAUCAGAUCAUAUACGCUUCGCUGUCGCACAAUUUAAAGACGAACUUGUUCAGUGGCCCACUUUUUGGUAUGGAGCCAUGGGGAAUGUUGUCAGAACCACUGAAUUUGACUGCGGAGGCCACUUUGCCGCUUGGGAAGUGCCGGAGUUGCUGGUAGCGGACCUGAAAGAGUUUCUCGGAAAAGAAGGCGCAGCUUAUGGGGCGAUAGCAGGAAAAGCAGGCUAUUGA